GGGGAGUCUGGAUCAAAACAAUGUCUGUUUAUGGGUGUGUGGGUGUUUUCAACAGCACCAUUGACCUGCUGGCAGCGAAAAUUCUGGCAUCAUUUGAUUAAUUGGCGUUUGUUUACGACUCGUUUUCAGCGUUUAUUUCCUAGCUGCUGGCCGCCUAUUUAUAGAUUGACAAGAAAAAAACGCUGACACUAGAGGAUAUCACGAGCGGGCGGCCAGUGCGACUGAAGACGAUUGGUCCCUCCUCUUCCUCGUCGACAACAUUUGGCGCAAAAAACCACAGAUACGCACCAAAAGAGACGGUACGCAUUCAUCCAUGGGCUGUCGUGAUGAGCGGUCUCAUUAUCACUCCUCUUCAGCCAGUGCUACUACCCUCGUCGAUUGCUGGUCACCCCUCCGAUGACCAGCACUACGACUCGACGUCAAUCACGACCCAAAAUCCCGCCGACGUUGUGGGCGCUGAGCCACCCGUGGGAUGUGCGUUCACGAUCGGGAAAUCAUCCGACAUUGGAAAAUUUCUAGUCGCUACGAGAAAUAUCAGGGCUGAUGAAAUUAUCAUUGAUGCUGAAGAAGCCCUGGCUGUCGGACCGAAACAGGCAACCCAUCCGGUAUGCUUGAAUUGUUAUCGGCGUGUGGACGGCAGCUACCUGUGCCCUCGUUGUCAAUGGCCGCUGUGUUCAGAAGUUUGCGCACAGAUGGAAAACGGUGCCCAUCAGAAAUACGAAUGCGAAUUGUUGGCUAACCGAGAAGCUUAUCCUACCAAGGAAGAACUGGAACAAGAAGAUUGCCGCCUGUACGAUUGCAUCGCACCUUUGCGGAUAGUCCUGGAUAACCACCGCAAUCCGGAGAGAAGUCGAUUGUGGCUCGGAUUGGAGGAUCACCGCCUUUACCGCCAAAAGAUUGGCAUUUGGCACGUCGAUCGCAAAACCGUCGUCGAGCCCGUUCUUAACAAAUGGCAAUUAGGUGAGAAUACCAACGAAGAAGAGCUGCAAAGAGCGUGCGGGAUCUUGGAGGUGAACGCGUUCGAAGUUUGUGACGACGAUAAGACCAUCAGCGCUCGGGCCGUUUACUCUCACGCUUGUUUGAUGGCUCACAAUUGCGUUCCAAACACGGCAUGUUGCGUGAAUCCCGCCACUCAACGGAUGACCGUUCGUGCGGCCGUCGACAUCCCAGCCGGCCAAAUGAUCACGACGUCGUACACUUUUACUUUGGAUGGAACGUUGCGUCGUCGAUCCCAUUUGAAAGAAACGAAAUUCUUUGACUGUUGCUGCCCUCGCUGUUGCGAUCCUACCGAACUGGGCAGCCAUCUGAGUUCGCUGGCCUGUCCCAGAUGCAGCGGCCGGAAUUACACCGUUCCGGAAGACCCGCUCAAUCCUGCAAGUUUCUGGAAAUGUCAGGGGGAAAAGUGCGGCAACCGAAUAGGAUCAGAUCAGGUCAACCAACUCCUCGCCUGUCUCCAGCGCAAAGCGGAUGAACUUAAUUACGACGAUUUUCAAGGAUUGGAAAUUUUUAUCGAGACAUGGUCGUCUCUUCUCCAUCCCAACCACUCGCUAUUGAUUGGCAUCAAGUAUUACCUGUGCCAUUUUUAUGGCAACGCUCCAGGAUUUCUCUUGAAAGAAAUGUCGUGGCGAUUUCUGACCAGAAAGAUGAAACUCUGCGAGGAAUUGUUAAACAUUGCUCGCAUUCUAGAGCCUGGAGAUUCAAACUUUCAUUGCAGUUUACUCAGAGAAUACGAGUUGGCGGAGAACGAGCUGUUCCAACGAAUGGCAAUUGAAGAAGAAGAAGAAAAUGAAUUAAGCCAUGGUGAUCACGAAUAGCCUUCACCACCACACAUCGCCCAGAGAGGAAUUCAAUUUGAUUGAUUUACCUAAUUUAAUUUUGACCUUAUUUGACCUGAUAGAUGUUUAAUCGAUUGUGAUGCGUUUUGCCGUUUGUGAUUUAGCCUCGUGCCUUUCGGCUAUUUACAUAUACAUAUUUUCGUUCGAUUGAUUUGCAAUUAAUAAAGCUCUGUGAACCAAUAA